AUGGAUUCAGCCGAUAAUAUGCCUGGAGGCUUUGCCGGCUCGGAAACGAGUUCCAAUUACGAUCAGAAUGAAGACCCUGUGCUAGAUAACGGCGAGAACAACCCAGACGUUUCGUAUGAUGUUUCUGAGACAAAUAGCACCACAAAUAAAAAUGAGAAUGACGAAGAUAACGAAAGUAACGACGAAAUUACGGUGAUUCCAGACAUUGAAACGCGAGAUUCGGGUGCUUCAGACACUGAUAUACCCGCUCAACACCACCAGCAAGCAGAAAAUGAAGCAAAAGUCGAAAAAAAUGCCAAUUUGGAACCAUCUGAUGGCCGGCCGCCGGUUCCGUCCCGACAAAUUUUGCGUAAUUUGGCGUCUGUAGACCCUGAAAUCUUGGCCCAGGCUUCAAUUGGUGCCACCGAGAACACGCUGGAACCGGAAUACGUGGUUACGGACGAUUUGCUCCAGUCAAAAUUGAACCAAUUGAACGCCGGGUUCAACAACAAGUCGUCACAAGUUCAAACCCUGAUACGUUCUGCCACCCAGAACAUCCGAAAGACCUUCAACGACAUCCGUACGACGGUCGGGGCCCUUGAGCACGACUACCAAAUUGACUGGGAGUUCUGGGCCAAUGUGGUUAAUGACUAUGAGUCUGUAGUUCAGAACAAUUCUCACGCUCUCCACUCCAAAAUUGCCGCUGGUAUUCCAAAGGAAGUACGGGGAAUCGUGUGGCAGCUUGUGGCACAGUCCAAGAACUACGAACUCGAGGAAUUUUAUCUUACCUUAAAGAGCGAAACUUCCAUUCAUGAAAAGGCCAUCAAGAGAGACCUCACUCGAACCUCAUUUUACACUGCUGUAGACGCUGUCAGCAAAGGAGAGGAUCUCUACAAUGUCAUAAAGGCUUAUUCUCUAUUCGAUCCUGAUGUUGGGUACACCCAAGGCAUGAUAUUCGUGGCUGUUCCAUUGAUAAUGAACAUGACCGACUCCGAAUGUUUCUGUCUCUUGGUGACAAUGAUGAAAGAUUAUAGGCUCCGCGACCUUUUCUGCCCGGAUAUGCGUGGAUUGCAUCGCCAACUCUACCAAUUCGAUAGGCUCUUGGAACAGAACUCACCGUUACUUUAUAACCAUUUGGUGAAACAAGGUAUAAAAUCUUCCAUGUAUGCAUCACAAUGGUUCCUCACGUUCUUUGCUUACAAGUUCCCGUUGGAAAUAGUGUUGCGGAUCUACGAUAUUGUCAUUACUCAUGGCAUUGAAGCGCUGUUGAAAUUCGCAGUCAAUUUGAUGCUUCAAAAUGAAAACAAAUUGUUGUCGCUCAAGUUUGACAAGCUCCUUGAGUUCUUGAAAGACCAUUUGUUCAACCGGUAUGUCAACGAUGAGUUUGUGGACGAGCGGCGGUUCUCUUUGCGCAAGCGCCAGGGAUCAUCUUCUUCGUACUACAAUCUCGAUUCUAUGGUGGAAGAUGCCAUGGCUAUCAAAGUCAGUAUGGUUGAUUUGGCUCAGUUUGAGAGAGAGUUCGAUGCAAUUUACGCCAGCGAGAAGCACAGGGCUGAAGAAAUCGACGAGCUUCGUCAUGAAAACGGCCGCUUGCGCCAUGAUAUCAAGGCCCUCGAACACCAGUUUUCGGUUUUAAAUCGGGACCAUGUUGAUAUUGUUCAGAAAAUGGUCGAUACCAAGGUAAUGAUUCCAGAAAUCGAGUCGGAAAACGACGAUCUCCAGAAAGCUAUAACGCAAUUGCGAGCCGAUUUAGAAGAACUAGAGGCUAAAAUGAAAGCACCAUCUGUUUCGUCUUCGGAAUCUACACUAGAUGCUCUUAAAUCCCCAGCAAUACCCCAGAACAUAGAAGAGGAAAUCCAGCGGUUGUUGCAAGUAAAUGCUCAAGAAAUUGAAAAAUGUACAGAGUUGGAAGAACAGUUGGAAACUUUGACGGUCCAAGAUGAAGAGUUGCUGGAGAAAUUGGGAAAGAAGCGGUGGUGGCAGCGAUAG